UCCGCCUACUCUCCAUUUUUUUCUGUCUGAAACUCCAAUUUCAUAAAGACCUUCCAAUGAAACGCUGCGUUUAAUCCUUCUCGUUCCAUACUCGUCUUCGACCUCACAAUAUGGGUUGCUGUCUCAGCAAGAACGGCGAUUCCAAAGCCAGUAGGAUCGGACGGUGGAAAUCCACAGGCAUUGUUGCUCUGCGCGACUCUAAAUUGAAGGCAUUUCCAGAUGAAGUUCUUGAUCUGGAUACAUCUGUCCGCACUCUUGAUUUAACACACAACAGGCUAGUUGACAUUCCUAUGGAGAUCAGCAAAUUGAUUAACAUGCAGCGCCUGAUUCUAGCUGAUAAUCUAAUUGAGCGACUCCCAAUGAAUCUGGGGAAACUUCAAUCUCUGAAAGUUAUGACACUUGAUGGGAAUCAAGUUACUACUCUGCCUGAUGAAUUGGGCAUGCUGGUAAGGCUAGAGCGUCUAUCCAUCUCAGGGAAUUUGUUAACAUGCUUACCUGAGACUAUAGGGAGCUUGCGCAAUUUGUUGCUGUUAAAUGUGUCAAAUAACAAAUUAAAGUGUCUUCCAGAAUCAGUUGGUAGUUGCUUCUCUCUAGAAGAAUUACAAGCGAAUGAUAAUUCUAUUGAAGAUAUUCCCGCAUCAUUUUGCAAUCUCAUUCAUCUAAAAUCACUCUGCUUCAAUAAUAAUAACAUUAACCAGAUACCUCCAAAUCUGUUGAAGGACUGUAAAGCCCUGCAGAAUAUUUCCCUGCACGACAAUCCCAUUUCAAUGGAUCAAUUCCAACAGAUGGAAGGAUUCCAAGCAUUUGAAGCUCGGAGGAAAAAGAAGUUUGACAAGCAAAUUGAUUCAAAUGUGAUGAUCAGUUCCAAAGGCCUUGAUGAGGGUGUGGAUCAAUGAAACUUCUGAAUUGGCAUUCCCUAUAACAGACUAAAAUGACCAGAAUGGGGGCCAUUUAAACGUGAGGAAAGUGUGUUGUGUCUGAGCAGCUUCAAAUCCCAUUUAGCUUUGUCCGCAGCUGGGGAUAGAUCAUCUUCAGCAUCCAUGAGUCACUUGUUACAUAUGGAAUAAAACUUUACCCAAACUCAGUUCUGUGGUGAUGUACAUGAUGGAUAGUUUGGUAGUAGAUUUUUCUGUGGUUUGCAGGUUUGUAUAGAAAACAACUGGUUAAAACCAAUUAGAAGAUAAUACCUCUGACCUCAGAUUUUUUUGGCUCUUAAGACAGAUGCUAAACUGUAAAUUGGGCUACCGGUUUUCCAAAUCCUAUUGGGUUUAUGAUAUGAGUUCUGGUGAUAAGACCCCCAAUUUCCUUUUGAGGGCGAAAAAUGCAAGUUCAUAUGCACGCCUUUUCGUUUCGAAA